CAAUUCAUUUAUCUGCAGGAAUGAUUGCGACUAUCAGUCUAGAGCUCACCGUCUGACUGAGGAGGUGAAAGUAGCGCCACAGGAAGAUAAACCGCAAAAAGACAAUAUUACAUGUAGUAAAUACAUGAUUUUUGCGUACGCAUCGGAUGAGCGGUGCAGGGGAAUUCCUUCCGUCGUGAACGAAAAAAAAAGUAAACAGAAUUCGUUGGAUUCGAGUUCAGAAGAGACGAGCUGCAGAGAGAGAGGAGGAGGAAGAAUAUCUGCGCGUGUUUUCUUUGAGUUCUGCGCUCAGUCGUCUCGAAGAGUCAAGACUGAAGAUGCUCUUGGACGCAGGACCGCAGUACCCCACCAUAGGAGUCACUACUUUCGGCUCCUCUCGACAUCACUCAACAGGAGAGGUGGCGGAGCGGGAAGUGGCGCUGGGGAUCAACCCUUUCGCGGACGGCAUGGGCGCCUUCAAGAUCAACCACAGCUCCCACGACAUCAGCUCCGGGCAGACAGCGUUCUCAUCCCAGGCUCCCGGCUAUGCAGCGGCGGCCGCCCUCGGACACCACCAUCACCCGACCCACGUUGGUUCCUACUCCACCGCGGCGUUCAACUCCACCAGGGACUUUCUCUUCAGAAAUCGGGGCUUCGGGGACGCGGCUGGGGCGCAGCACAGCCUAUUUGCCUCCGGCAGCUUCGGGGGGCCGCACGGACAUUCGGACGCGGCGGGGCACCUGCUCUUCCCAGGGCUCCACGAGCAGGCGGCGAGCCACGCGUCCUCCAACGUGGUGAACAGCCAGAUGCGACUGGGCUUCUCGGGGGACGUGUACGGCCGGGCUGAUCAGUAUGGGCAUGUCACGAGCCCGCGUUCCGACCACUACGCGUCCACUCAGCUCCACGGCUACGGCCCCAUGAACAUGAAUAUGGCUGCGCACCACGGAGCGGGGGCCUUUUUCCGCUACAUGAGGCAGCCCAUCAAGCAGGAGCUCAUCUGCAAGUGGAUCGAGCCGGAGCAGUUGACAAACCCCAAAAAGUCGUGUAACAAAACUUUCAGUACCAUGCACGAGCUGGUGACCCACCUGACAGUGGAGCACGUGGGGGGGCCUGAACAGACGAACCAUGUCUGCUUUUGGGAGGACUGCUCCAGAGAAGGGAAGCCCUUUAAAGCCAAAUACAAACUUGUAAAUCACAUCAGAGUACACACCGGAGAAAAGCCCUUUCCGUGUCCGUUUCCCGGGUGCGGAAAAGUGUUUGCCCGAUCGGAAAAUCUAAAAAUUCACAAAAGGACUCAUACCGGUGAGAAGCCUUUUAAGUGCGAGUUCGACGGCUGCGACAGGAGGUUCGCAAACAGCAGUGACCGCAAGAAACACAUGCACGUCCACACGUCGGACAAGCCAUAUCUGUGCAAAAUGUGCGACAAGUCGUACACGCAUCCCAGCUCCCUCCGAAAACACAUGAAGGUCCACGAAUCCACCAACCCUGGGUCGCAGCCUUCCCCAGCUGCCAGUUCAGGGUACGAGUCCUCCACGCCUCCCACCAUCGUGUCACCGUCCACAGAGAACCAGAGCACCAGCUCCAUAUCACCAGCAGCUUCAGCAGUCCACCACACAACCAGCCACAGCACGCUGUCGUCAAAUUUCAAUGAAUGGUACGUGUAAAAUACUUUUGAAAAAACGCACAAAAGACAAUGGAAAAUUUAUGAAGACAUGAGGAAAAAAAAACAAAACAAACAAAACCACAAAUAAACUUUUUCGACCUUUCUAAGUCAGAAAGAUGGACUGAGUAUAAAGCAGGGGAGGUGAAGUAAAAGACUAUCAUCAUGCAUGGACAGAAACACGGUCAGCUCCUCCUUUUACUGAGAGACUUUGCAGAAGCAGAUCUCAAAAGAAAAAGCAUGCUAUCUCCGAGUAGAGGCCUGAUUUUUUUGUUUCUUUCUUUAUUUUUUUUUGCUUUUUACUUUUUUGUAAAUAUGGAUUUCACCAAACUGGAACCCACAGCAAGAAAGAAAAAAAAAAGCAAAAUGUAAUAUUUUAUUUUGUAAAUAUCACAGUUUUAAGGGGGUGGGAGGGAUUUGUGAAAAAUGUAACGGUCCCUUAGCUAUAUGAGGAUGGCCUCUAAGGUUACUGUGGGGGACAAGAAUGUUUAGUUGUGUACCAAAAUGUGAAUUAUUCAGUAUUACUACAGUCUACACGUCGACCUAAACGACUCUUAGUAUUAAUGUGCUUUUUGUAGCCUAUCCAGUGCAGCAUAUUUUUUUAUUUUUUUUUUCUUAAUUUUCGUCCAAUUAAGGUCCAGUUUGAAUAGCACCGAGUAUCAUUGUUGUUAUUUAAUGUCAUGUCGAUGAAUCGUGUAGUGAAGAAAAAAAAAAUUCGUGUCAAUCUGUUUAUGUACGUGCUAAAUAUAUAUAUAAAAAUCUGUCAAUUGCUCUGUCUGAAAGGAAGUAUUAUUCCAUGUAAAGUAUGGAUUUUUUUCCAUAUUUAUCCGCAUGUAAAAGGGCCGGUAACAUGUUAGAAUAUGAUCGGUAUUUAUGGAGAAAUGCGCUCGUACAGUAUGUCAAAUUUUAGUUUACAAUAAUAAUAUUAAUAAUGAAAAAAAAAUGUUUGGAUACAUUUCGUACUAUAUUAAAGGACUGUAAAAAAUA